AUGGGUGAAGAAAUUGAUGAACCGGAUAUUCUUCUUAAAAAACUUGAAUUGGAAGUUAAAGGUCAUGAGCCUGCUGUUUUAAAAAGUUAUGAGUCAUUUUUGAAGAAAGUUUGUGAGCAUUUCGAUUUGGAUUGUGCUGUAGAAACUAGGCACUCUCCGAUAUUUGACCGCUUAUCCAUGAAUAAGUCACCUUUUAUUCACAAGAAGCACCAGCGUCAAUAUGAAUUCCGAUCUUAUGUUAAAACGUUUACUAUUCCGAACAUAACUGGCUGUACUGCUAAUGUAUUUCUUGAAUACAUCCAGCGAAAUCUUCCAGGGGGUGUCCAUAUGAUUGUCAAACAGCAUCGACUAGAGACUCUACCGUCAGCUCUCCAGGAAUCGGCUCAGGCGAAGCAAUAA